CGGUCGGAAAGAAAGUGCAUCACGUCGAGGUUCUGUUUGCUCCAUUUAAGCCAACCACGUACAAGAGAAAAGUAUAAAAGCAGUUUCACGCAAGCUGCCGUUGAAUUCACUGUACAUAUCGUACGAGAUACCUACAAGAUCAAGAUGUCUCGACUUCUUCUCCUUUCGUUCGCUCUCGUUGCCACAUUAUUUAUAAGUACAGAUGCCGAAUGCCCAGAAAAUGAGGUUUGGAAUGAAUGUGGAUCUGCCUGUCCAUUAACCUGCGACGAUUUGUGGAAUCCUGAACCGAGAAUGUGCAUAGCGCUUUGCAUUCCUCGGUGUGUGUGUGUAGACGAUUUUGUCAGAAACGACAAUGGAAACUGCAUUCCCAAGAACAAAUGUCGUAAAUCGUGUCGACCAAAACCUAUCACUCUUUUCUCUAAAUCCUGUAGUAGCGACUUUAGUCGCUGUAGCGUAAGUUUGCUCGAUGGAAUGCUAGAAAUUUUCCGCAAGCUGCCGUUGCAUUCACUGGAAGUACCGUGCAACAAACCUGCAGAAUCAAGAUGUCAGGCCUUUACUGAAGGUGCGUAUGCCGGCUGCCCAAAGAAUGAGGUCUGGAAUCAGUGCGGGACUGCCUGUCCAUUAACCUGCGAGGAUGUGAGAAAUCCUAAACCGAAACCGUGCACAAAGCAAUGCGUUCCCGGAUGUUAUUGCAUAGAUGAUCUUGUGAGAAGCGACCAAUGGAAAUGCAUUCCCAGAGACAAAUGUCGUAAACCGUGCAAACCAAAGGCGUAA